AAAAUGGCAUCAGAUGAGGGAAAACUCUUUGUCGGUGGACUCAGCUUUGACACCAACGAACAGUCGCUGGAGCAAGUCUUUUCUAAAUACGGACAGAUAUCUGAAGUUGUUGUUGUAAAAGACCGAGAAACCCAGAGAUCCAGAGGUUUUGGAUUCGUCACUUUUGAGAACAUCGAUGAUGCAAAAGAUGCAAUGAUGGCCAUGAAUGGGAAGUCUGUUGAUGGCCGCCAGAUCAGAGUAGACCAAGCAGGCAAGUCAUCGGAGAACAGAUCUCGGGGAUACAGAGGCGGCUCAGCUGGUGGCAGAGGCUUUUUCCGCGGAGGCAGAGGCCGGGGCCGGGGCUUCUCCAGAGGUACUGGUGGAGACAGAGGCUAUGGGGGCAGCAGAUUUGAAUCCAGAAGCGGGGGAUACAGUGGGUCCAGAGACUACUAUGGUAGCAGCCGGAGUCAAGGCAGCUAUGGCGACAGGCCUUCCGGAGGGUCCUACAGAGAUAGCUACGACAGUUAUGCUGCACACAACGAGUAAAAAAUCUUCCUGACUCAAGAUCGUCCUUCCAAUGGCUGUAUUUAUAAAGAUUUUUGGAGCUUCGCUGAAACCGUUCUUGUGUAGUCCAUCUCCUUUGUAUUCUCACUUUUGUAGUAAAACUCAGUUCUGACCUUGUCAAAAAAAAAAAAACACACAGCCUGACAGCUUCUAAUAUGUGAU